GGAAUCAAUAAGCGUUUUUUUAUCAAUAGUGUAAAUUGAAAAAUAACCUUUAUCAGCUAGGAGUGGUAGCACAAUUCUCUUCCUCUUCAUGGAAGUUACUUUCUGCCAAUUCCUUGCAAUCUUGAAGAAUCUCUUGGAACUUAUCAUAGUGGAUGGUUUCAGAUGGAGAAGAGCUAGAGCCAAGAACUGGGACUUUCUGUAUGUUUCUAGAGAAGCCAAAUGGAAGUGUUGUGGUAGUUGGAAAUGCCAGAGGUCGUUAGUUCCUUAUGUUAGAGUUGUGGUGUUCAAGCUGCCAAAGUAGCAGCAAAUGGAAAGACGUGAGAGCUGCAAUAUGAUGAUUACAGAGUAGCAGCAAAGUGACA